AUGAAUGCAGCGAAUAUGCGGAGAGGCAGGGACCAGAAUGGUCAACGCAGAUCGUCGGUCGGGGCGCGCAACGGCUCAGGAUCGAAAUCGCGCCGACAAGAGGAGGCCCAGCUGAUACCACUCGCUUCACUGGACUACUGUCCAUUUUGUUUGAAGAAUGGUGAGGCAGCCGAAGAAUACCGAUCCCACACCCUGAAGAACUUCUUCAGCAAAGUGACGUGCCCGAAGCUGAAGACUUACCGUUGCCAGAUCUGCCACAAUGUAGGAGGCGACUACGCUCACACAACCGGCUACUGCCCGCUCCGACCGACGUCGAAACAGUCUCGGGAUUUCCACUACCUCAAGUAG